AUGGUUGACAAAACUAGUACAAACCGCAAAUUUGUCAGUAAUAUGAUGCUGUUCAGGCAACCAAUUUUAAAAAGCGAUAUCGGCCUGAUGAGCUUCUCCGAACUGGACCAUCUGGCAGAGGCGUUGCUGACCGAGCUUGGCGUGGACCUUGAACCGACAUUCAUCCGUCAGUCGGAAGUCGUCAAACGAAACGAUGCGUGUACAGCCCUGCAGCAGCAUCUGGAAAGCGUUCGAAAUGAUCAAUCAGCAUUGGAACUGCUGGACGGGGUGUUGAAUCGGCAACUGGACGAGCUGGAGCAAUCAAUCAGUGCGCUGGAGCGUUUCCUCGUGCAAGUGUUUCCACCGGGCAUCAUCGGUAGGGGAACUUUAUCGCCGGUACUCUGGGAUGGGAAUAUGUUCUGCAGAAACGCCGGCAUUCGAUUUCCGAUGACAGGUGUGGUCGCCGAACGGAGGAAAUUCUAUCACACUUUAUCACGACUACCCUGCUGGAUGGGGAGCCUGGAACGUGACCUGCUUCCACAAAUCACCCAGCUAAACCAGGAGAUUGAUGACCACCGAAGCAGCUGCGAAAAGAUCUGCCCUAUUUUGGAAGUGAUGGCACAUCAUACGAAGAUUCUGCUGGCUGUUGAGAAAAACUUGAAUGCUAUAGACAAUCUGUUAGCUGCUAAUCGGGCGCGUUUUCUCGACUUUGGUCUAGGCGGAGAAAAAGAUAUGGGUGAUUUUUUUGCGGCUCUGUCUGGUAAAAAGUUCGGUCAAAAGUUUGUGUGAAAUUG